AGAAAGAAAGAGAGAGAGAGAGAUAUGGGUCUCCCCGAGUUGGCUCAGUGAGUCGUGUGACCGCAUUUGACAAGGUGGGGGAUUGGGGAAACCCGAAAAAUUUCACAGCGUGGGUUUGGGUUUGGGUUUUGAGGGUGGAGUGGAAUUAGCCAAAAAAAUGGUGAACAAGGAGAUUAUUAGUACUCCUUCUCUCCUUUACCUCCACCACUCCCUCUCCCUUUCUCUCUCUUUCUUCUCUCUCUUUCUUCCCCAAUCUUCUCUAACCCUAGCCCGCUUCUCUAACAACCCCUCUUCUUCUUCUUCGGCGCUUCGUAGCUAUCGAUUUGUCUUUCCCCUAAUCUCUUCCCCCUCUUCCUCGAUUCUCUUAUCUCUGAUGGGUUUCUGUGCAGGCCGAUUUCUUCGCGUUGUUGCUCUUUCUUCACCGGGGGUGCUGAGAUAACCUUCUACCGUUAUAGUAAUUUGGUUAUUUGAAGGCUUAUUGUUCUAUAGUCUUAUUACCGAUUGAGAAAAUUUUGUUAUGGAAGAGUUUGGCCCUUCGGGGGUUUAUGGAACCUCAACUAUGAGGAGGAAAAGGAGUCGAACUUCCCGUCGACCUCGACUUGAGUCACAGCAAUUUGCCGAAGGUCUUGAUCCUUCACCUUCAUCAUCAACACCGCCUUCUGAUGAUGCAGUCAAGUUCUCCAGUGAUGAGAAUGGUGGUGGUGAUGGUAAUUCUAGAAGAAAAGAAUUAAGCCUCAAUCAAUGUGUAUCUAGAGGCUCGUCUGCUAGUGGGGCUGAAAGUGAACAAUUUCUUAAAAGAAGCAAAAAGGAUGGAAGUUUUAAUUCAUAUUACCGUAGUGAACCCGGACGGAGUGCUAAUGAUAACAAACGCAGCAGCGAAGGUGUCCUUGCUCCUGCUAAUUGGAGAAGCACCAGCAAGGUGUCAGAUGGCAUCGAAUCGGAGUCGAGCAGCAUUGAUCCAUACGGUGGAAGGUAUGGUGGCGAAAGUUCAAGUUCUGGACAGAAAGGACUUUUCGUUGAAGGAUUGGGAAAUGAUAACAAGGUUAAGAAGGUUAAGCUUAAGGUUGGUGGGGUCACUCGCACUAUUCAAGCCCCGUCCCCUCCCAAUGGUGCAUCGAAAGGCAGUGGUUCAACGAAGAACUCUCAUCCUUCAGAUGUUCAUAGGCAGCAACACAAGCAGAACUUUCAGGAAAACUAUAAUGGAAAUCAUUCCCCUUCAGACAAAAGGAGUGGAUUGCAUGGAAUUCCAUGGAGAGACUUCUCAAAAGGCGGUUUUGGUGUCGAGAAGGAGGAGCCUUUGACAGGGAAGGUGUCUGGUAGGAAUUCUUCUGGGAAGCAUGGAGAGUCACUUCGGAAGAGCAAAAGAGCCUCAAAGAAACGUGUUCUUGAUGGGGAAUUUGAUGACGAUGAUGAAGAUGAGGAAAUACGGUAUUUGGAGAAGCUCAAAACGUCGAGGGCUUCUGUAGGGUACCGUGAAGAUGGUGAAGGACCAACCAAGAAGCAGCGGAAACUUUCUAGCAUUUCUAGCAUGGAGAAUUAUGGUGCAUCAAAGCAUGACAAAGAUUAUGAGGAAGAAGAAGAUUCAGCAUCUGAGGGUGAUGUCGAAGUUAAUCAUAAAAAGCAAAGGAAGGAAUCUAUUGACGUGUUGAUGGAUGGUAAGCGAGAAAUGACUCUCACCACACGUCAAAGAGCUCUUCAGUCUAGCAAAGAUGCAUCGUCUGCUCGAGGUGCUAGUUUAAUUGAAUUUCCAAACGGUUUACCGCCUGCUCCACCCAGAAAGCAAAAAGAGAAGCUUACCGAUGUCGAACAGCAACUUAAGAAGGCCGAAGCUGCGCAGAGACGAAGAAUGCAAGUUGAGAAGGCUGCUAGGGAAUCUGAGGCUGACGCGAUCAGAAAGAUACUCGGUCAAGAUUCAAGCCGGAAGAAGCGUGAAGAUAAAAUGAAGAAGCGCCAGGAAGAACUAGCUCAGGAGAAGGCUGCAAAUGCUCAGAAGCUCUUAUCAAACACCAUCAGAUGGGUUAUGGGUCCUUCCGGUACCGUGGUGACCUUUUCAAACGAUAUGGGCCUUCCAAGCCUUUUCGACUCCCAACCCUGCAGCUAUCCACCUCGGCGUGAAAACUGCGCAGGUCCCUCGUGUUCUAAUCCAUACAAGUAUCGAGAUUCAAAAUCGAAGCUCCCUCUUUGCAGUCUCGUGUGUUACAAAGCGAUUCAGGAGCAGUUAACAGAAGCUACCUGCUAGAUUCUUACCAUUAAUCUCUUAGCUUGUUAGGUCUGUUUGCAUUUUGAUCAUUAAUUCUCUGCACAUUUAAACUCGAACCUAGAGAACUUGCAGAGACGUUGAUGGAAGAAAUGUUUUUGAAUGUGUUGGAAGUUCCCAUAGCCAUUUGUUAUGAUGCUGAGCCAUUUUUAAGUACAUACAGAAAUUUUCUCAUCUCUCCUUUUUCUUGGUA